AAAAGACAACAACGUAAGUAAAUCCGAAAGAAACAAAUAGAAUAUGAUUCUGAGUCUCAACUGUUGUGACUGAGUUGCGUAAUUGUGCUUUCUGGAUUUCUAAAGUCUGCAACUUUUCUAUUGAUUUGUGCUUUAAAGAGUUGUUGGAACGAUGGGAAAAGACGCUUCCAAGGGAGGAGGGAAGGGUAAAGGAAAGCAGGCUGCAAGUGGAAGUGACGAGAAUGCUUCCAAGGGAAAAGGAAAAGCUGGGAAAGCUGCAGAUGGGCUCGGUACUUGCACCUAUGUCAAAGCAAGACAUAUCUUAUGUGAGAAACAAGGUAAGAUUAAUGAAGCCUACAAGAAGCUGCAGGAUGGUUGGCUUAGCAAUGGAGAUAAGGUCCCUCCAGCAGAGUUUGCGAAGGUAGCCCAAGAGUAUUCUGAAUGUCCAUCAGGAAAGAAGGGUGGAGACCUUGGAUGGUUUCCACGAGGAAAGAUGGCUGGCCCAUUUCAGGAAGUUGCCUUCAACACACCUGUUGGAGUUACUAGUGCUCCUUUCAAAUCAACGCAUGGCUACCAUAUUAUCUUAUCUGAAGGAAGAAAGAACUGAUUCCUGAAUAAGAACAAAGCUGAGUUUCAAUGGCAUUAGAGCACUUAAGUGUUGUAUGGUUAAAUGAUCAGAUGUUGCUUUCUUUCAUUAUGUGACUGUGGUUGAUAAUAUAAACCAACACUUUACCAUGUCUAUACUGAUCUUGCUUUCUGAUACUUGGAUAAUUGACAGCAUAAUAUAUGAGAAUGUGGAUGGUUUUUAA